AUAGAGCUGGCUGUGGGUUACAUACAACACAAUUUGAAACCAGCUUCCAUGAAGAAGAACAAAAAAAAGUUUCUGGCUGCGAUGGGUGCAUAUGCUGUAUCCCUGGUACCUGGCAACAAACUGGUCUCUCUGGCUGAUGAACUGUUGAUGGUAGUAACUGAUCCACAAGCUCCAUGGGCAGAUACAAGCUCUCCCAGCAGCCCCAGAGAUUAUGAAACAACACUGCAGUUGUCUGGAAACAUAGAGAUUGCAGCUUACUACUUGCUGGCAUUGACACGUCUUGGGCGCUACCAGGAAGGGCUGGACAUCACCAAGUGGCUGCAGUCUCAGCAGAACAGCAAUGGAGGAUACUACAGCACACAGGACACUGUUAUGGCUUUACAGGCUUUAUCAGAGUUUGGUGCUGCCUUCAAGGGAGCUUCAUCAGCUAGUAUGGUCAGUAUCAGAGAGCUGCUGAGUGGACAGUCUUUUAAUGUUAGCCUGGAAGGAUCCAAGGCCAUGCUUUUGCAGACAGUAGAGCUUCCGGAAGAUACAAACACAGUAGAGGUCACUGUCACGGGACCACCCAAUGGCUCCUGUAUUGUCAAAGUGGUGUACACAUAUUACACCUUGGCUGGGGAUGAUGAUCUGGCAGUGAAUGAAUCACAAGUGUCAGUAGAGACCAAGACUUUCAGACUUUCAGAUACCAUCCACAACGUCCAGGUCUGCGUCAAGAGCUCCAGCUCCCUAAAAUACUCUGGCAUGUUUGUGACAACCCUGAGCUUGCCGUCUGGAGAGGAAGCCUUCGACGAUCCAUCCACAAUCCUUUCCAACAACCCCAGAGCUUCCCGAGUGGAGACCAACCAGGGUCUUAUCCAUUUCUACAUGAAUGAGGCUCCAGGGGUGGGAUACUGUCUGCAAGCCAAGAUGGAGAGGCAGAUGGAGUUUGAGGUUCAGAAGCCAGGCUCGGCAAAGAUUUAUGCUUACUAUGAGCCCGGUGUGGCACAGGAAGUGGCCUUGGUCAUGGAAGACUCACAGUGUCACAACGGCAGGUGUGGCGGCAAUGCUAGGGUCGUGCUCAACCUGACCAGCAUUCUGCUAACUGCGAUCAUCUGUUUACUGGUCACCUUACAUGUGUCUAUUUGA